AUGACAGCUCACCUGCACCAAAUUUUCAUGGUAACUAUGGUCCCAGUGAGCGCAGUUGUGCUUAUCCAAGCCAAUACAGUCCAGUGGUUGACUCAGGCUAUCCUCAAGGUGGAUACCCCCGACAUGAUGACUUUGAUGAGCAUGGGGAUUCACUAUCUCCCUAUCAUAGCCAUUCAGGUGGUCGAGGGAAUUAUCGCAAGGGUUCUAGCAGGAGAUUCCAGAAUUCGAGGUGGGCAGACAAUGAUCCUCCUUUUGACUAUGACCGUGAUGCUCGAGGGCUGGGAGGAUGCCCUUAUACCUCUCAAGGAAUUUAUGUGGGAGACUCUAUGGAGAGACCGUGGGAAUGGCAAAAAUGUACUGCCAAGGGUGUCCAAAACAGUCUGGCCAUAUAAAUACUAUCCAACACUAGCAUUUGUGUAG